AUGGCUUCGGAGCAGCCGCGGGAGCCCGAAGGCGAGGGCAUCAAGUUAUCAGCAGAUGUGAAACCAUUUGUUCCAAAAUUUACUAGGCUAAAUGCAGUGUGGCCAGAGUCCUCAGAAGCAGGUGUCUUCCCUAGCUGCACAGCUACUUAUUAUCCACUUGUUCAGGAACUGCCAGUGACUGAGCAGAAAAUGUAUACAGAAGAUAUGGCCUUGGGAGUUUCAACUUUACCACCUCAGUGUGUGUCUUCUGACAUAACUAUUCAUCCAUACUCGUAUUCUCCUUACACCCUUGAGUCUAUACAGAAGGCUUGCUCAGUGCCUGGCUCUCAGUUUCAAUACAACCAACGUUGUUACCGAGGUUUGCACAACGGUAAGCCCCGAAGUGAGCACAGCUGCCAUCUUCCUCCAGAAAUGGAAGGUUUUCCUAAGAAAAAAACAUAUGAUGAACCAAAGUUUGAGAGUAGACGGUCUGGUGGAACUAUAUCAUCUGAUGUAAAAUCUGCUAGAGGUUCCCGUCAUACAUCGAUUCAUGGAAGAAACAGUUUGAAAUCAGAUGUCUAUCAUAAACGAACAGACAGAAAGUCCAGAAUCAUUGAAAAAAGCGAUGGAUCUACCUCCAAGCCUGAGUUUGAAUAUACCAGGUUGGACUUUCCUGAACUUCAGGGUACACAGAACAAUGGUAUAAUAGAAACACCAAAGCAACCCAAAUGGGGCCCUUUGCGCUCUGCUACAACCGACAUUUCUCUUCUAAGAGAAAUAAAACCAUCCGCCAUAUUGUCAGAGGGUGAAAUAGUGGGCAAAAAUAAAAGUCCAACUGAAUCUGUAGCUGAUAAUGCUGCUAACGAUUCCUCUUCAUGUACAAGAGAUCCUAAAACUAUUAGUGUAGCAUCUUCUGAAGUUUUAUCUUCUGAUCCUUCCUACAACAAAGAGAAACAUAUUGUUCAUCCUACUAAAAAGUCCAAAGCAUUACAAGAUGAUGGCAAUCUUGAGCAAAAUGAAGUCUCAAGAAAGAAUAAGAAAAAGAAAGAAAAGUCUAAGUCAAAAUACGAAGUCUUGACAGUUCAAGAGCCACCAAGAAUCGAAGAUGCUGAAGAGUUUCCCAAUCUGGCAGCUGCAUCUGAGAGAAGAAGCAGAGUAGAAUCAACAACAUUUCUGUCAAAACAGGAGCCACAGAAAAAAUUUAAAAGCAGUGGAAAGAAGAGUGAAAUUCCAGUUCAGCUGGAUUUGGGCAGAAUGCUCACAGCACUGGAGAAAAAACAGCACUCCCAGAAUGCAAAGCAGCCCUCCAAACCCCUGGUUUUCUCAGUGGGUGCGGUGCCAGUCCUUUCCAAAGAAGCCACGUCGGGGAUGAAGAGCCACUACUUGAGCCAGGUGCAGAGCCCUCACAACCCCUUAGACUCCAGUGCCCCGAUGAGGAAGAAAGGGAAGCAAAGAGAGGUUCCCAAGGCCAAGAAGCCAACCUCCCUGAAGAAGAUUAUUUUAAAGGAACGGCAGGAAAGAAAACAGCAGCGUCUUCAGGAAAAUAUAGCAAGUGACACGCAAGAUGUAGAGAGCAGUGGUGAAGAGCAGCCACUCCAGCAGCCUAGCCUCUCAGGUACUGGGGAAAUUGAAGAACCAAUCACCUCCGCUCUUGUAGAGGAGAGCAGAUCAGAAGAGCUGCUUACAGCUGAGCCACAGAGUGGCACAGAAACCUGCCAUCUUGGUCUUGACUCCAGCAGCUUCCCAAAGAUCCACAGCCGGAGGUUCAGGGAUUACUGCAGCCAGAUGCUUAGUAAAGAAGUUGAUGCUUGUGUUAUGGAUCUUCUCAAAGAGCUGGUACGUUUCCAAGACCGUAUGUAUCAGAAAGAUCCAGUCAAGGCUAAGACAAAACGCCGGAUUGUGUUGGGGCUGAGAGAAGUUCUCAAACACCUAAAGCUGAAAAGGUUGAAAUGCGUCAUCAUUUCUCCCAACUGUGAGAAGAUACAGUCCAAAGGUGGGCUGGAUGACACUUUGCACACCAUUAUUGAUUAUGCCUGUGAGCAGAACAUCCCGUUUGUGUUUGCUCUCAACCGCAAAGCUCUGGGACGCAGUCUGAACAAAGCCGUUCCUGUCAGUGUGGUGGGGAUAUUCAGCUAUGAUGGAGCCCAGGACCAGUUCCACAAGAUGGUUGAGCUGACGAUGGCGGCCCGGCAGCAGUACAAGACCAUGCUAGAAAGUGUGCGUCAAGAGCUGGCUGAGGAGUCCAAGGCUUGUACCCCACUCAGCCUGUCUACCCAGGACCCAGGCGGCUCUGUAGAGGAUGCAUGCCCAGCGCCCACUGAGAAAGAAGAGCCAUAUUACAUUGAAAUCUGGAGAAAACAUCUGGAAGUAUAUAAUCGAUGCGCCUGGCAACUGGAAGAAAGUUUAGGGGCUUCAACCUCUCAAAUGAUGAACUUGAAAUUAUAA